AUGGAUCGAUCGCAUGCUGAGGUUUGUAAAACAAAGUCUGAAGAAAAACUCAUAUCUCGUUUACCUAUGGAAUUUCACGUUUUCUUAAAGCAUCUUAAAAAACUGAAUUACAAUCAUAAACCAGAUUACAAUUUAUUACAGUCACUCCUCAAACAGAUCUUAAAAAAGGAGAAUCACAAUUUAACUGAUCCUUACGAUUGGGAGCCCAACGGUGAACAUGCUUUGAAAUUCAGUCGACUUGCGACGCAUUUAACGAAAUCAAAAGCAUCGGAUGAGAAAUUUGUGAUUGAUAAAAAUGAAAAGAGUGAUAUGAAUACUCGAAUGGGAAUCAAAACGAUCAAAGAUGAGAUCAAUAUCACGUUAAUGUUGGAAGAAGAGGAGGAGGAAGUUGCAUCACCUGUCAGUGGCGUUUCACGAUCUGAUGAUACUCUACAAAAACUGGACGAGUUGAAAUAA